UCGUGUUUUUAUUACCAACCAUUUUUGACGAUCAAAAACUUCAACUUAACCAUUUCAUUUCAUUUCAUUUCUCAGAUCUGAAUGUCACAAAAUUAGCACCAAUGUGUCCUCUCAGACUCAUUCUUGUCUUCCUCUCCGCCACUCUCGCCGGUUUUUUCCUCCUGAGGAACCUUAAAUCUCAGCCCCACAAUGUUCUUGAUUCCGACAACGACUGCAACAACACCACCAAUUCGUCGACCCAACAACCCCCCGCCACUCCUUUCUCCAAGGUUCGUUUAACAAUGGAAUCUGGGUUUUGGUCUUUUGUGGACAUGGCUAGUGGUAAAUAUUUGUGGAGGCAUUUGGUUUCUUCUUCUCCAAAACGUGCGUAGUUGAAAAUUUUCAUCUUGAUUUUGUGAUUGUUGUUGUUGUUGUUUUUGUAAGGAAAAAAAAAUUGUCAUUACAUGAAUUACUCGAGCAAUUUAAAAGGGUUAUAUAAGAUGGGUUGUGGGAAAUGAAAAAACUGAACAAUAAUUGUAUUUUUAGUGUUUGUAUGAUUGGAUUUUGGUAAAUUAUCAAUAUUUGCUAUUGAUUUGAUGAA